CCUGUUUAACCCUGAUGCAAUACACUUGCCCUUUGCGUUUACCCGGGGCAAAUAUUUAACCUUUCCAUUUUUUGCACUGACUUAAUGAGUCUCGGUGUCUACCACAGGGCUUGACACAUAGCAGACAUCCGAUAUCUGUUUGUGAAUGCUCAAGCCCAUCAGCGUGUCUGUCUCCUAGGGGAGUCGUGUUCUCAGACUUGUCAGCAUUUCAGCACCCAGUUAUGACAUGUCAUGUGGGCUACUACUGGUAAAAAUUGAGCAUCCAGAUGAGUGCAUUUUUCACUUUUAAAGCUGGCAAGAAGUUCACAUCUGCCACAUAGCAGCCGGGGACCCCCACGCCUGCAUCCUGGCCAUGCACACUUUGCCCCAUUUUGCCAGGCCCAGCACCAGCAUGGGGUAGGGGGAUCAGGCUGAGGACGCUGUUGUGCUGUGCACACUCUUCACAGGCCCAGCCCACACCACCCAUCGCCAACCCUCGAUUUCUCCUUCUCAGAGGUGUCCGGCUUUGCUGGCCCAGCAAGCCUGAUAAGCAUGAAGCUCUUAUCUUUGGUGGCUGUGGUCGGGUGUUUGCUGGUGCCCCCAGCUGAAGCCAACAAGAGUUCUGAAGACAUCCGGUGCAAAUGCAUCUGUCCACCUUAUAGAAACAUCAGUGGGCACAUUUACAACCAGAAUGUAUCCCAGAAGGACUGCAACUGCCUGCACGUGGUGGAGCCCAUGCCAGUGCCUGGCCAUGACGUGGAGGCCUACUGCCUGCUGUGCGAGUGCAGGUACGAGGAGCGCAGCACCACCACCAUCAAGGUCAUCAUUGUCAUCUACCUGUCCGUGGUGGGUGCCCUGUUGCUCUACAUGGCCUUCCUGAUGCUGGUGGACCCUCUGAUCCGAAAGCCGGAUGCAUACACUGAGCAACUGCACAAUGAGGAGGAGAAUGAGGAUGCUCGCUCUAUGGCAGCAGCUGCUGCAUCCCUCGGGGGACCCCGAGCAAACACAGUCCUGGAGCGCGUGGAAGGUGCCCAGCAGCGGUGGAAGCUGCAGGUGCAGGAGCAGCGGAAGACAGUCUUCGAUCGGCACAAGAUGCUCAGCUAGAUGGGCUGGUGUGGUUGGGUCAAGGCCCCAACACCAUGGCUGCCAGCUUCCAGGCUGGACAAAGCAGGGGGCUACUUCUCCCUUCCCUCGGUUCCAGUCUUCCCUGUAAAAGCCUGUGGCAUUUUUCCUCCUUCUCCCUAACUUUAGAAAUGUUGUACUUGGCUAUUUUGAUUAGGGAAGAGGGAUGCGGUCUCUGAUCUCUGUUGUCUUCUUGGGUCUUUGGGGUUGAAGGGAGGGGGAAGGCAGGCCAGAAGGGAAUGGAGACAUUCGAGGCGGCCUCAGGAGUGGAUGCGAUCUGUCUCUCCUGGCUCCACUCUUGCCGCCUUCCAGCUCUGAGUCUUGGGAAUGUUGUUACCCUUGGAAGAUAAAGCUGGGUCUUCAGGAACUCAGUGUCUGGGAGGAAAGCAUGGCCCAGCAUUCAGCAUGUGUUCCUUUCUGCAGUGGUUCUUAUCACCACCUCCCUCCCAGCCCCAGCCCCAGCUCCAGCCCUGAGGACAGCUCUGAUGGGAGAGCUGGGCCCCCUGAGCCCACUGGGUCUUCAGGGUGCACCUGGAAGCUGGUGUUCACUGUCCCCUGUGCACUUCUCGCACUGGGGCAUGGAGUGCCCAUGCAUACUCUGCUGCCGGUCCCCUCACCUGCACUUGAGGGGUCUGGGCAGUCCCUCCUCUCCCCAGUGUCCACAGUCACUGAGCCAGACGGUUGGUUGGAACAUGAGACUCGAGGCUGAGCGUGGAUCUGAACACCACAGCCCCUGUACUUGGGUUGCCUCUUGUCCCUGAACUUCAUUGUACCAGUGCAUGGAGAGAAAAUUUUGUCCUUCUCUUGUCUUAGAGUUGUGUGUAAAUCAAGGAAGCCAUCAUUAAAUUGUUUUAUUUCUCUCA